AUGAAAACAUCUUCACCUAGAGAUAUAGAUGUGAUAGAAAUGCAUAAGGAAAACAUUCAACCUUUAUCAGGUGGAAGGUCUGUUUCAAAAUUAUCAAGCACAAUGAAAAAAUCAAACACAAAUUCAUAUUUUCAAACUAAAGUAGAACUUCAAGAAGAAAGAAACAAAUUUGAACUAGAAUUAAAGUCGAUAAAUGAAAUGGAUGAUCCUUUACAAAUAUACCUCAACUAUAUUGAUUGGACUCAUAGAAAUUUUCCACAAGGUGCAAAUACAGAUAGUGAUUUGGUAAAUUUAUUGGAAAGAUGUACAUCAGAUUUCAGAGAUCUACCUCAAUACAAGAACGACUUUAGAUAUUUAAAAAUUUGGCUUGAAUAUACAAAUUAUUGUGAUACCCCAAGAGACAUCUACAUUUAUUUGGCGAAGAAGGAAAUUGGUAAUCAAUUGGCAUUAUUUUAUGAGGAAUUUGCACAGCAUUUGGAAAUAGAUGGAAAGUAUGUUGAUGCAGCCCAAAUUUAUGAAUUAGGUUUACAAUAUAAAGCAUUUCCAUUAGCUCGACUACAAAGAUCUUAUGAAAAUUUUAAAAGGCGAUUGCAAUUACAGGAAAACAGAGUUUCGUCAUCAAGUGAAGAAAUCAGAAAUAUACUAGCGUUGAAAAGAGGAUCUCAAAUAGAGCUUACUGAAGUUGAACUACCUAGAAAAAAAUCAAAAUUAGACGUAUAUCAAGAUAAUAUUGAUAAUAACCGAAGUGUGCUAUCUUCAAUAUUUGAAAAUAAUUACGAUCAAAAAUUAAAACUAGAUCCAAGGAAACAAAAAAUUAAAGAAAAUAUCACAACACCAACUCAAUGGAAUGGUCAAGUGCUUAAACAAAAAGGUCCAAUACGACAUGCCAGUAAUGAUAAAGUGCAAAUUUUCUGUGAUGAAGCUUCAUCAAUAAUCAAUCGACCUAGCAUAAAUCAAGAUUACAAAAGACUGAGUCAUGUUGACAAUAAAAACAUGGUUUACACUUUAGUUGAAGCAGUUGGCAAAAAACCAGAAAAAAUAAUGGUAAAUUUAGAUUUGAUAUACUCAACUGAUUCUGAAGAAUUUUCAAUGAUGGAGUUACUAGCACAGCAAAAGCACAGAGUAAAAAACACAAGACUGGAGGAAAAGAGUAGUAAAAUAAAAAAUUUUGGAGAUAAAGAAAACCAGGAGGAAUUGAUUAACAAUGAAGAAACAAAAUCAUUCUCCAUACAAAUGAACGAUGAUACGACUUCCACAAAACCAUUUAAGGAUCCAACAGUAACCUCCUUCUCCAAAAUGGCUAAAAAUGAAGUAUUUGGUAUAUUUAAUCAAGUAUCUCAAACAUAUGAUAAUUCUCAAGAGCUGGAUGAUGACAAGCUAGAUGAUCCAACAGUCACUAAUUUAGAAGGAUUCGUGACAGAAACUAUUCAUCCAAUAAAACAAACUCCAAUAGCGAAACGGAAUCACAGUCAUCAAGAGUAUAAACCCACACAAUUAGAGUAUUCAAAGCAACAAUCUAGCAGCAGACAAAGUAAUGAUUAUCUAAGCUCACCAUUUGUUGCAAAUCCUAGAAGUUUUGUUAACAAUGAUGAAGUCAUUUUGCAUUACCCACUAAAUAAUGAGAUGCAAGAAUAUAUCAUCAAUAAUUUAUCGAUUCCGAUCACAACUUACCCAGGUUACUACAACAAAUCAUCAUCUUCCAACAAUAAAUUUAAUGAACUAAAACAAAUCGCUCAAAAUUCAUCAAAUUUCAUAAAGGGAACCCGACUGACUUUAAUUGAUUAUCUAGGUGAAGAAGUAUAUCUAUUGAUUAAAGUGUUAAACCAAGAACAAAACCUAUAUCUUGUUGAGACAGGUUCUGGAGUUCUAAAAUUUUUAAAAGUAAUGAGUCCAACUUCAAGAUGGGAGUUCUUUGUAAUACAUAGAAUCCAAAGAAAAUUAUUAGCUAAACCCGAAUUCUCGAGAUACUUCAUUAAAUCAGAUUCGUUGUAUUACUUCAAAGACGAGAGUUUUUUAGUUCUUGAUCAUCAUCAAAAUCAAAAAAGUUUCAAGUCAGUAGCCGAUUAUUAUAGAAAUUCGGAUUUGAAAAUUAAUGAAUGGCUUUGUUCAUUAUUAACGCUCGAAUUGUUGAAAGCUGUUAAAACAUUACAUGAGAUAGAUAUAAUUCAUGGUGAUAUAAGACUAGAAAAUGUAUUGAUUAAUUUUGAGAAUGUUGAUGAUAGGUUCUGGUCAUCUGAUUACAGUCGAUACGGACAGAAUGGUUGGAACAAAAAAAGUAUACUUUUGAUUAAUUUUGGUAAAGCUAUUGAUUUAAAAGAAAUGAAAAGAAUAUCCAACUAUAACAGAAGAAACUCUGGUGGUUUCUUUGAUAAUUUAAAUGAUGAGAUGCUAAUGAGGAAAGAUUAUGAAGGAGUAGCUAGGAUCAUGUUUGAAUUAUUAUUUGACAAAAAUUUUAUUAAAAAUGACUUGAGUCAAAUACAAAAUGAACUACAAAAACUCAAAUUGAAAAAUGUCUGGAGUAAAUUAUUUCAAGUUUUCCAUGAUUAUAAUUAUAAUUUAGAUCUCAACAUACUAAGCGAUUUAGAAAUUUGUCUUGAAAGAAGUUCAAGGUCAGAAAGGUUGAAAGAGACUAUAAAAGAAUUAGAGCUCAAGAUUUAG